ACCAUGCCUAUGACCCUGGGCUACUGGGAUCUCCGCGGGUUGGCUUUGCCCAUCCGCACACUUCUGGAAUACACUGGCACCAGCUAUGAGGAAAAGCAUUACAGAAUGGGAGACGCUCCCGACUAUGACCGAAGCCAGUGGCUGAAUGAGAAAUUCAAGCUGGGCCUGGACUUCCCCAAUCUGCCUUACCUGAUUGACGGCACUCACAAGCUCACCCAGAGCAACGCCAUCGUGCGCUAUCUUGGCCGCAAGCACAACCUGUGUGGGGAGACGGAAGAGGAGAAGAUUCGCGUGGACAUUUUGGAGAACCAGGCUAUGGACAACCGCAUGCAACUGGUGGCAGUCUGCUAUAGCCCUGACUUUGUGAGUGCCCAAGUGGAUUACCCUCUCCUGCAAUCCGUGUCUGUGGGUGCUGACAGCUGUUUGCUCCCUCAGGAAAAGCUAAAGCCUGACUACCUGAAGGGCCUCCCAGACAAGCUGACACUGUACUCCCAGUUCCUGGGGAAGCGGCCCUGGUUUGCAGGGGACAAGAUCACCAUUGCCGAUUUCCUCGUCUAUGAUGUCCUCGACCAGAACCGUAUUUUUGCUCCUGGUUGCCUGGAUGCGUUCCCAAACCUGAAGGAUUUCAUGGCUCGAUUUGAGGGCCUGCCAAAAAUCGCUGCCUACUUGAAGUCCAGCCGCUUCAUCAAAGUCCCUCUGUUUUUAAAGAGUGCCACAUGGACUGGAAAAUAAGGCUCUGAAGUGAAGUGAGAGGGGCUGAUGGGUGCUCAGGCCCCCAGCCCUGCCUCAGCCUUCAGUCCUCUCCUUCCACAGCCUCCUCCUCCCUAACCUGCUGCCUCCUGUCCUCUAAGCCAGCCCCUCCCAUUGAGGUCUGGCCAUCCUCAGCUCUGCCCUCUUCUUCAGCCACGGCCCCCUGGGCUUUUCUUCCUGUACCAAGGCCAACAAACAGUCCCCAUCUCUGCUGUGAGCUCUCCAAACAGCCAGAGUUCGCUGCACCUGUGCCAGAUGGGCUCCCCCAUGAGGUCUCCCUGGUACUGGCUGUGACCCCAAAACCUUGAACCUCAGUGUAGGCAUACCCUCUUCCCUGGGAACCCUGACUUGGCACUGACCAUGCUGGAUUCUGUGGUUUUCUGUGUUCUGUUGCUAUAGCAGGGCCUAGGGAAGCAACAUGCCGUGUGAGUGUCUGGUCAGGCUGGAUGCCCUGGUGUCUUGGUCAUUUCUGUGCCCUGUGCAUGUUGGUCUGCUCCUCACCUUAGGUUUCUCCCUUCCCUGGAUUCCGCAUUCAUUCACCCUGAAGCUCCCCUGCAGCUGUGCUGUUUCUGAGAGCUGCAGGCCUGAUGGGGAAGGGGCUGGCAGGCCUUGGACAGAUCCCCUCUGGGACACUUCCCUGGAUGCUCCCACUAACGUAGUUAUUCCUCAUCUGUUUUGUCAGAAUGUUGCUCUCAAUA